AUGGCCUUCUCGCAGUGUGUCGGCAUCGGGCUCUUCCUCCAGGCCGGCAGGGUCAUAUACCUCGCCGGACCAGGCCUUGGUGCCAUCGCGUACAUUGUCACUGGGACCGUUCUGUGGUCAUGUGCUGCAUGCCUUGGCGAGAUGACAGCCCUGUUUCCCGUCAAGGGCCCCAUCAUCGAAUUUCCUCGUCGAUUUCUGGACGAGUCUCUGGGAUAUACUGCGGGGUGGAUGACAUGGUUUUCCUGGAUUGUGCUUGUAGCCGCCGAGCUUGUGGCUAUAACUCACAUUUUCCAGUUCCGAUAUCCUCAAGAGCUCCUCCAAGCAGCCAGAUACCCUGAUCCCACACUCGAAUUCUAUCCCAGCGCGUCACCCGCGGUCUACGUCCUUUGCUUCUUUCUCAUCAUGUUGACUUUCAACAUGCUCCCAGUACGGUGGUUUGGCCGACUGGAGUACAUCUUCGGCACUAUCAAGAUGCUCUUCAUCAUCACCCUUAUCCUUUUCAACGUCAUUAUCCAUAUUCAACAGCCUGUCAAGCGUGGAGCCUUCUGGACCUACAAUGAGCCCUACUCGUUCGCUGCCCGAAAUAUGACCCUCCCAAACAAGAAUGUAGUCCAGGGAGAUGCCGGCCGCCUCCUCGGUGUUUGGGAAGCUAUGACGACCUGCCUCUUCGGCAUGAUCGGCUUUGAAACCAUUGCUAUCACAGCAGCUGAGAACAAGGAUCUUCGAACGGAAGAAACCGUGAAGAUUGGCACCCGCAAAAUCAGCCUCCGCAUUAUAACCCUCUACACGCUCGCGACCUUCACCGUCGGUCUUAACGUCCCGUACACGUAUCCCACCAUCGUGGACAACGCCGUCAUCUCCUUUGGCUUCGGCCAAAACUCAGCCUUUGUCGCCUCUCCAGUAAUUAACCGACUGAGGGUCUGGCCGUACAUCGUCAACGACUUCAUCAUUUUUUCAGCCACCACGGCGGGGGCCAAUGGACUGUACAACGCGUCGCGGACGCUGCAUGCGCUGGCCAGCAUCCAUGAGGUUUGGCCGAAUUGGGGACCCGUACAGGCUCUUCGUCGGAGGCUCGAACGGACGAACUAUGGGGUGCCCCAUGCAGCCGUGGUUCUCAGUGCGUGCUUUGGACUCAUGGGAUUCCUAGCUUGUAACCCGGAUUCGCAGAAGAUUCUAGGUCGGAUGGUUCGGUGUUGUGUUGUCUCCAUGAUGAUUACGUAUGGGCUCGUGGCAGCAAGUUUCAUCGAGUUCUACAAGAGUGUGGAAGGUGCCGCAGCCGGUCAGACCAUGGAAGUGGUCGACAUCUAUAAUCCAUUAGUCAGGCAGCUCUACGACCGCAGCAAUCCGCGAUAUCCAUACAGGUCACACGGCCAGUGCCUCCGGGCAUACUAUGCGGUACUCGCAUGCAGCCUCUUCGUCAUCUUCAACGGGUGGAGGACCUUUAUCAGCCCUGUAAACAUUAAAGACUUCUUCGGGUGCUACAUCGCCAUCCUUCUGAUGGCUAUGAUAUCAACCAUGUAUCAAAUCAAAUUCUGGGGUUGGGACCCCCGCAAGUGGAGGAGAAGGGUAUCGGAUAACCGACUUGAAAGGCCUCAGCCAAUGACGGCCGACUCGGUCCCCCGGCGAGGACAGCUGACAUUGGUCGCCGCCGGUGAGAUGGCCGAUGGUUCUAGGCGCGUCGAGAAUAUUAGGAGGUUUGGAAGGUGGUUACUUGUCUGGUUAAAGUAG